AUGAGUUCAACAGGUUAUGAGCCCAGGAGCAAUGCUAAACUGCAAAGACUUUUAUUUGACGGAGAUGAAACGAAAUACGAGCUUUGGGAAGCGAGAUUACUCGGUUAUUUACAAACUAUAAAAUUGAAGAAAACAAUUCUAUCGUCGGCACCACUUGAGGAAGAAGGCGACGAAGCGAAAAAUGAAGAGAGUUACGCCGAGUUAAUACAACUUUUGGAUGAUACUAGCCUAUCGUUAGUGAUGAGAGAUGCCGCUGGCGAUGGAAGGAAAGCCUUAAAUAUUUUACGCGACCACUACGCAAGCCAAGGUAAACCUAGAAUAAUAGCACUUUAUACUGAGCUCACUUCACUCGAGAAAGGAACAAGCGAGACAGUGACAGACUAUCUAAUACGAGCAGAAAGAUCGAUUAUGGCCCUGAAAAACGCUAAAGAGACAGUUAGUGACGGGCUUGUUAUUGCCAUGAUAUUAAAAGGUUUACCUGACUCAUACAAACCCUUUGUUGUCCAUAUUACACAAAGUACAAGUGAAAUUACAUUUGCUAUGUUCAAGUCUCAACUGAAAAGCUUUGAAGAAACAGAGAAGUUUAAUUGUAAGCCAAAGACUGAUCAAGUAAUGAAAACUGAGUCCCCAUCGUUUUCUGCAUCCAAUUAUGUCACAUGUUAUGCUUGUGGUCGCAAAGGUCAUAUCAUGAAGGAUUGUCCUGACAAAACUAAGAGUGAAACAAGCAAGUGGUGCUCAUACCACAAGUCAACAACGUAUAGUGAUAGUACCUGUCGAAGACAUCAAUGA